AUGAGGCCAUUGAGGAACGAUGAAGACUGGGUGAAGCUAAUGGGAAAGAAAAGAAGAUAUCUCAAUAAGUUAUCAAUUUGGAAUGCUAGACAAGGUAAGGAUAAUGGGAUGGGAGAAAGAAUUUUAUCAUUCUUUUUUACUGAAUUCCCAGAUGACUAUGAGGCGGAGGAGAUGGCAGAGAUAUUUAAAGAUUAUGGAUUGAUCUCAGAAGUGUUCAUUCCAGCCAAAAGAGAUAAGAGAGAAAGGAGAUAUGGAUUUGUGAGAUUUUGGAAAGUUAGUGAAGAUAAGCCAUUGGCUGCAAAGCUUGAUAGUAUCCCGAUCGAAUGGAAGAAGAUUUAUACAAACAUCCUAAGAUUUAAAAGGUUUUAUGCCAACGGGAUUUCAAAGGCAAACAGUGAUAAGAGGAAAAUGGAUGGUGGCAACUUCCAUGGAAAUAGGAGGAACAGUGGGAUAGUUAAUAUUGAUUUUAUGGAUAGAUUGUUUGCAUAA